AGGAAGCGGCCGGCGAAGGCUGAGGCUGGAGGAGCAGAGGCCGCGAUGGACCGGAGGAAGAAGCCGCUGGACGUGGCCGCCUCCUCGUUGGUAGAUCUCAAAGCAGAACUCUUCAGGAAGCAAGAAGAAUUCAAGAAAGAAAAGCUAUUGAAAGACUCUGGUGUCUUUGCAAAGCCCAAAACUUCUAAUAAGAAACCAAGUGUCUGGAACAAGCAAAACACAGGAGUUGCAAAUCGAGCUGAGAAAGAUGUUGAGCAGAAUGCAGAAGAGGAAAAUAUGUUAGAUAAAUCCAGGAAAAAACUAGAGGAGAAAGCAAAGCUGUAUGAGAAAAUGACAAAAGGCGACUUUCCAGAUGAAGAAACUGAGGAUUUGUACCUAGUGGAUUUCACUCAGAAGAUCAUAGACAAACAGCAUGAAGUACAGGAAUUGUAUCAGAGCGAAGCUGCUAGAAAGACUUUAGAAAAAGAGACAGAUGAUGAGGAAACUCUACCUGAAAUGGAAAUACCACCGCCUGAGGACCCAGAUGAAGAAUGGGUUGAUUAUGUUGAUUUCUUGGGCCGAUCUAGACGCUGUAUGAAGAAGGAUUUGCCAAGUCUUCUUAAAAUGGAUCGGGAGCUUCAAGGGAAAAGCCAAGUUCCUGAUGGGAAUACUCUGCUAUCUGAAGAUAUGAUAAGAGAACUUCAGCGGCAGCAGUGGGAAAAAGAAGAAGAAGAAGCCCUGAGAAAACCCAUGGGACCCAUACAUUAUGAGGACAUUCGAGAAAAUGAGGCGAGACAGCUUGGUGUUGGUUACUUUGCCUUUUCUCGUGACAAAGAACUUAGGAAUAAACAACGGGCAACACUGGAUAUGCUAAGAGAGCAGACACUUGAUCAAAGAACUAAACGUGAGCAGUUGAAAGAGAAAAGGAAGGCUGCUUUAGAUGCAAGGCUGUCUAAACUUCGAGCACGGAAGGUUAAGAAGUUAAGGGAAGCUGGUUUGGAGGAAGAGGCACAAAAAUUGGAGAAUGGAGAGUUGAAUGGUCCCGCUGAAGAACCGGAAGCUCCCAAAGUUACUGCAGCAAGUAGGAAGGUAGAGGUUGUCAUCCAGGAGAGAAGAGAUACAAAGCCUGGCGUGCCUUAUGUCCGAGAGUGGGAUAAAGGCAAAGAACUGAUGUUUGGGCAGUGGUCAAAGAAACAGGAAGAACUCAGAGAUGAACGAGAUCCAGAAUUUGCACCACCUUCUGAUUACUUCAAGGGACAAAAGAAAGAUGAUAAUUAUAGAAGUCGGAACUUGAGCAGCCCUGAAAGCUCCUCUGAAAAAGCAGAAACAGAGACGGCACAAAACCAGCCGAUGCCAUCAGCACAGGCCAAUGGUGGAAGCACUGAAAGUGUGCCACCAUCAGUGCAGGAUCGCAACAGCAACGUUCAUAGGCCAGCAGCAGCAGCCUGUGGCAGUGCCACCCAAGUUGGGCCAUCGUCAUCAGAGGAUGACAGCGGUGAUGAUGAGGAUACACUGCCGUCUGCACAGGCUUACGGCUAUGGUGCUCACAGUGCACUGCCAACGAUGCAGGCUUACGGUUACGGUGCUCAAGAUGUGCUGUCAUCAGUGCCACCUUAUGGCUACAGCAGUCAUGAGAUGCCGUUUCCAGGACAGGCUUAUGGCUAUGGCACGCAAGGCAUGCUGCCACCAAUGCAUUCUUAUGGCUACGGUGCUCACGAUGUGCCGUUUCCAAUGCAGGCAUAUGGCUACGGUGCACAACAUGCACCACCAGCAAUGCAGGCCUGUGGCUGCAGCACUCAAGAUGUGCCACCUGGAACGCAGGCCUGUGGCUGCAGCACCCAAGAUGUGCCACCUGGAACACAGGCUUGUGGCUGCAGCACCCAAGAUGUGCCACCCGGAACACAGGCCUGUGGCUGCAGCACCCAAGAUGUGCCACCCAGAAUGCAGAGCUGUGGCUGCAGCGCCCAAGAUGUGCCACCUGGAACACAGGUCUGUGGCUGCAGUGCCCAGGAUGUAGCACCUUCAGUGCAGACCACCAGCAGUGAUGCUCAAAAUCAGGAACCACUGUACCAAAGUUUAGAUGAUAUGCUGUCAUAUUACAGACAAGUGACUUGAACUGACCAAAAAGAGAAGCAAGAAUCGUGAUUUAAAGAAUUGAAAUAGAAUUACCUUCUCAGCAAGAAUAUUCUUUUGCCACAUCUGGGAAAAAUAAGUUUCUAAACUAGAUCUAAAUAAAUCUGGUGACCUAAGAUGUUUUACACCAUAGCUGUACUUUCGCCUUGUUGGUUCUCUUCCCUCCCCUCCCUGCCCACCCUUAUAUUAAAAUUACAGGGUUUCUUUGGCAGUGCUUAUUGGUUUAGUACAUAUUUUGUUUUAAUUCUGCCAUUUACAUGUGAAAUUGAAGUGUAUAAAUGGCUUACUUUCAAAAUACAAACUCCUCCUUUAUCCAUUCCCCAGCUAGCUUCUGGUUUGGAGGUACUACAAGUGCUAUCUGUAGAGACACUGUUGAAAGGGCAGGCCCUCUGCUGCCAAGUACAGAACAGUUUUAGGCAAUCUCUUACCUGCUCAGUCUCCUCCCUUUAGGAAGUGCAGAAUAUUGUCUAGUACACAGUUGUCAGAUGGUCAUAACGGCUGCUGCAUUCCUGUGGUCUGUUAUUCACAAUUCUGUGAAGCAGGUUAGAGUGGAGAAGAUAAAUAAUGAUGGUUAUGCUUUGCUGAAGCAGGAGUCUUGAUACCUGAAAUUACCAACUUACUGGCUUAGACAGUGCUCUCAUAAUUCUCCAAGUGCAUUUUCCUUGCAUCAUGUGUUGUAUUUAUGUGAUUUUUUUUUUUAAUGUAACACUUUUUUUUGCCAAGAAAACCUCUAACAUUCUGUGAUUCUGUGACUGAACAGAUGUAGCAGCAUGCAGAACAUAUUCAUUGUUCCCAAGCCGUUUUAAUCUCAGCUAGGAAACACACUUCUCCCUCUCUUCUUCUAUCACUGGCUUUUGCACAGGAAUGUGCCAAGGAGGAAUAACACAUUACAGGAGGAACAGCACCCUACAAGAGAACCAGUGCUACCAUUUUAAAGGUACAAAACACCCCUGAUAUGUAUCCCUACCAAAUAGUUAAGAGGCUGGUGCUUUACAGCUUCUCCUGUUUCUCUGAGCAGACCUAGAAUUUGAGGAUAGUGUUGCUCCAUUAAUAGCCACAUUCACCUGAAAGGCACAGAAAGCUCAGCAGCAGCUCAUUGGGGUUUUUUUGCUGCUGACACUGACCUGAACUUGACCGUUGCACAUGGCAUUAGGGCACAAUUUCUUCCUUUCUUUGAAUCUCUUCAGUAUGAAUAAAGAACCUGAAAAUAAACAAUUAUUAUAGAUUAUUAACUAAAAGGAAGAAGAAGAUGAUACAAAUCCAUCUGCUUUUCCCAAAUGUGACAGCAUCAAUAUGGGUUUUUUCCUCAUAAACUUGCAACAAGCUCAAGUUAGUUAACACCCAUGAGAUGGCAGUCUAGUUUGACUGAUUUUCUGUAAGACAUUUUGCCAGUGUACACUUCCUUUCUGCUACUUAUUAAGUAGUAACAGUGAAGUAGCCUGAUGACUCUGAGCUGCAUAGAAUUUCCUUUCACAUGUUCUGUGAUCUCACAGUAAAUUUUGAGUUCAAAACAGUUGUGUUGUGCUUUAUCAGCUUUCUUCCACAAAUAUCAGAAGUGGUCAAAACACAAAUUUCAGAUUUGACUAGUUAAAAAAAAGUUUUCUUUCCAGUGCCUCUAGUUGUUGAACUUGUACAUAGAAAGUUAUGUUAACUGUUGCAAUAUUUCAUAAAGAAGUAAUUGGUUGCUCAGAGUAAGCAAGGCAAAAGAUACUUGCUAAGCUAGUUACUUGCAAAGACUUUACUACUGUAGGAUUCCAGGCUACUUUGAGAACCAUCCUUGGUGUCCAACAUGAGAUUUCACUGCUGUACCUUGCCAUGGGGAUCAUCACCACUGUUCUCAUGCUUAAGCGAUACAGGAAUGUGUGACAUCAUAUUGACAAGUUAAUAGUGACUGCCAUGUUUAAGCUUAACUAAUUAGGGAAACCUAAUGGUUGUUGCAGCACUAUCAGAGGAAAUAAAGAACCUUAUUCAGAUUCCUACUA